CUGGAGCUGGAGCUGGAGCUGGAGCUGGUUCGGGAGGCCGAGACCUUCCUGCAGACCUACAGCGAGCGCCACCAGCGUCACGCCAGCAACCAGGGAGCCCUGGACAAAGGCCGUGCAGCCCACGCCAAGUUUCUGGAGGAGAAGGACGCCCUGUCCCGGCGCAUGGCCGACUGCCUGCGGGUGGAUCCGGGCGCGAUGGCGCAGCAGCUGGGGGAGCAGCGCAGGGCGGUGCUGGGGCGGUGCCGGGAGGAGAUGGUGGAACCGGAGGAGGCCCUGCUGACGGCGCUGGAGCAGGAGCUGAUUCGGGAGGCCAAGACCUUCCUGCAAACCAACAGCGAGCGCCACCAGCGUCACUCUGUCAAUAAAAGAGCCCUGGACAGAGCCCGCGCAGCCCACGCUGAGUUUCUGAAGGAGAAGGACGCCCUGUCCCGGCGCAUGGCCGACUGCCUGCGGGUGGAUCUGGGCGCGAUGGCGCAGCAGCUGGGGGAGCAGCGCAGGGCGGUGCUGGGGCGGUGCCGGGAGGAGAUGGUGGAACCGGAGGAGGCCCUGCUGACGGCGCUGGAGAUGGAGCUGGUUCUGGAGGCUGAGAGUUUACUGAAGACCUUCAGAGAGCGCUAUAGGAAUCACACCACCAACCAGCACGUCAUGGACAGCACCCGUGCAGAGCACGCUGCCUUGCUGAAGGAGAAGGACAACGACUCCCGGAACCCGAUCAAGUGCCUGCGGGUGAAGCCCAGCAAGAUGAAGAACCGGUUGGAGGAGCAGCGCUGGUGGUUGCUGGAGCGAUGCCGGUUGAACAUGCAGGGGCCGACAGUGGAGAGGGACACCCUGCUGGCAGAGCUGGAGGAAGAGCUGAAACCGAAGACUGAGACAUUCCUACAGACCUAUAGGAAGCGCUUCACAAGAUCUGCUGUUGGGGCAGGUGUUGCUGUGGGGACAGUGGUCCUGGCACCGGUGGGAGGAGCUGGGGGGGCCGGGGUUGUUGCUAGAGGGCCAGGGCAGGGAGCAGACAAAGUGAGGAGGGGGAUGGCGCUGAGGAUCCAUCCGACAAGGAUCCCCUGA